AUGAAGCAAUCCAAUGAUUUAGUGUCUGCUUACACAAAAAACUUUGAAGAUCUAAUGGCAGAAGUACAAGAAGAAAAUCCAGAGUUGGGAGAAUUAUGGAUGCAACAAGAAACAAUGGAGCAGAAUGACAAUACUGAAGAGCAAUCUCCUCCAGAACAAGAGAAACUAACUGAAGAAGGCAAACAAGCUAUGUUUAUUUCUACCACAGUAGGACAUCAACUAGAUAUUCCAUCUCCAACAGUAAUAGUGCACAUAAAUGGAAAAAGAGUUGUAACCCUUCUGGAUUCAAGAAGUAUUGCUUCUUUCAUGAGCCAAGAUUUUGCUGUGAAAUGUAGCUAUCAACUGUUACCUAUAAAACCAAGAGUUAUUGUUGUGACUGGUGGAUGCAGACUUAUUUCUUCAGCUGUAGCACCUAACAGAGUAGCAACAAACCUCAAGAAGAUACAAGCUAUUGUUGAGUGGCCAGCACCAGACAAUGUUACAAAACUAAGGAGUUUUUUGGGUUUGGCAGGAACUACCAUGGUGUUGUUUUUGUGCAAAAAAAGUUCUCGGAUUGGAACGAAACUUUGCGAGAAUUUUUUAUACAACAAAAGAGAAUUUCUGGAGCCAAGAACCACCGGAGGGGGGCACCUGGGUGGGCACAACCCACCAUGGCGCCCCCCUCCAAGUGCGCCAAGUUCCCAUGUUAGUCAGUUGAAAAAGCAUAUUGGUUCAAAAUCCAUACCUAGUCCAUGGUACUGCCCAAUAAAGGUUCUUCAGCUCGUGCGCCACUCGGCCCCCGAGGAGUGGGGCGAGUUCCUCCACGCCCCCGGCCGCCGAUUCGACGAUUUCGAACACAUCAAGCGCGAGAUCCAGUCGGAAACGGACAAAGAAGCUGGAGGUAACAAAGGUGUCUCUGACAAACAGAUUCGUCUGAAAAUCUUCUCACCAAAUGUAAUUGACAUCACCUUGGUUGACCUCCCUGGAAUUACAAGGGUUCCGGUCGGAGAUCAGCCUAGUGAUAUUGAGUCAAGAAUAAGAACAAUGAUCAUGCAAUACAUCAAGCAUCCAAGCUGCAUUAUCUUGGCCGUCUCACCCGCAAAUGCAGAUUUAGCCAAUUCUGAUGCUCUUCAACUGGCACGGCUUGGUGAUCCUGAUGGAUCUCGUACAAUUGGUGUUAUCACCAAGUUGGACAUCAUGGACAGGGGUACUGAUGCUCGUAACUUUUUACUGGGAAAUGUAAUCCCCCUCAAGCUUGGUUAUGUAGGUAUUGUGAAUCGCAGCCAAGAGGACAUCAACUUUAACCGAAGCAUCAAAGAUGCACUUGCCUUUGAGGAGAAGUUUUUCUCGACUCUACCUGCUUAUCAUGGUCUUUCACAAUGUUGUGGUGUUCCUCAAUUGGCCAAGAAGUUAAAUAUGAUUCUACUAAAGCACAUCACAGAUAUGCUUCCAGGUUUGAAAUCUCGAAUAAAUGCUCAGUUGGUAGCAGUUGCCAAGGAACAUGCUGCAUAUGGUGAUACGGCAGAAUCGACGGCUGGUCAGGGAGUCAAACUAUUGAACAUAUUGGGAAAAUAUUGUGAAGCUUUUUCUUCGAUGGUGGAGGGAAAAAAUAAAGUGUCAACAGAUCAGCUUUCUGGUGGAGCAAGAAUUCACUACAUUUUUCAGUCAAUUUUUGUCAAAAGCUUGGAGGUGCCUUUUGAGAUUCUUGUGCGAAAGCAGAUAGGCCGUUUGCUUGAUCCAAGUCUUCAGUGUGCCAAAUUUAUCUAUGACGAGUUAGUCAAAAUUAGCCAUGGUUGCUUAACUAGUGAGCUGCAGAAAUACCCAAUUCUUAAAAGACGGAUGGGUGAAUCAGUUAGCAAUUUCUUGAGAGAUGGUCUUCGACCUGCGGAGACAAUGAUAACUCAUAUUAUUGAAAUGGAGAUGGAUUACAUAAAUACCUCACAUUCAAGCUUUAUUGGAGGCAGCAAGGUUGUUGAACUUGCUAAGCACGAAGGUCUAUCUUCGAGAGGACCAACUUCACUAUCGGUUCAUAAGGAUGGUGUUGGUAUAAGUUCUGAGGCGCAGCUAAAAUCUUCUACUGAGAACAAUGUACAGCUCAAAUCUGAAAGAGGUCAAAAGUCACGUGCUGUUUUUGCAAGAGAUACUUCCAGAGGAGCAAUAGCUGAGAAGAUGUGUUAUAACAUGAUAUUAACAAUUUUACCCAACUUCAUUUUCUGUCUUGUGUUUCUGCUGACCAGGGAUUUCAGCCUGAUACAGAUGCAGAUUUCGACAGAGAGUAUGUUUGGAUCCCAGGCAAGGGAAAUCCUAGUCUUUCCAAGCGAGAUUGGUCAUUUGCCACCUAGCACCUUGAAACCAUCAGAAAACAAGACUGACCGGGACAGAACAGAGAUAGCUAUUGUGAAGCUUUUGGUCAAAUCUUACUAUGACAUUGUCAGAAAGAGUAUUGAGGAUGCGGUUCCCAAAGCUAUAAUGCAUUUUUUGAUUACUUUCUAUCUGGAAGAAUCAUUAUAUAAUGACGAUCUGGUGUGCAGGGAGAGCCUACUUGAUGACAUGCUGAGGGAAACAGAUGAAGUACUUAUCAGACGGCAGCGUAUUCAAGAAACGCUCCAAGUUCUUGAACAGGCACACAGGACGCUCGAGGAAUUUCCCCUUGAAGCUGAGAAGGUUGAGAGGGGCUACAGCCUGUCUGAGUAUGGCACUGGCCUGCCGAAUAUCCCUGGACUCAGCAAUCGCAAUCCUAGGGGUAUCCUCCCUUAA